AGUCUCUACGGUGCCACAAGUCCUCCUUUUCUUUUUUCGUUGUGUCUGUGAGGAGACUACUGAGCCCGCUGGGGGGCCAAGCCCCUCAUUAGGGCCCGUACUGAGGGAGGGUGAAGCUGGGGUUUCCCCACACCGCACACACAUUGUUACCAAGCUUCUUGGUUGAUGUUCUUGCACCGCCUGGUUUGCUGUCUAGUGUUUCACCCCCAGGAGGGAGGGAAGGUGGGCGAUGCUGAUCCCCAGUGAACGACGGGGGAAUCUGCACCAGCCUGGAUAUCCCACCAUAGAGACCCCAGAGAAUGGGGGCGGGUGGCAAAGUGCCCUGGAGUGCUGUCUGCUGGGGGAUAGCCUGUAGUCAGAAUGGGAUUAUUUGCCUUUUACCAAGCUCAGGUGUUAGAUCCAGUCCUGGGUGGGCAGGAACAGUGCCCUUCCGUGUGGCAGCUACUCUGCGCUCAGGGGCAGCUCACCCAGCUUCCAGUGGUAAAACUGACUGAGGGGGGCACAAUGGCCAGGAUACAAGUUGUCCCCAGUUAGUUUUGACAAACACCGUCUGUUCAUGACCCUUUACUGCCAGGGGCAGGCUGAAGAGAGCUUGGCCCCUGUGGAUGGAACCUGCAACACUGCCGUCCUUUCUCCACUGCCUACUGCUCAGCAAUGACUGUGGGCCCAUGCCCUGGGGCAGGAUUAGAACCCACAACCUGCUGCCUCUUUCCAGCCGAUUGGAUUGGGCGACUGGAUCAAGUGUCUUGCUGGCAGCACAGUGACUGUCCCAGAAACACUGCUGUUUGUGUCCACCCUCGAUGGGAACCUUCACGCUGUGAGUAAGAAGACAGGCGACAUCAAGUGGACCCUGAAGGAUGAUCCCAUUCUUCAGGUGCCUGUUUAUGUGGCAGAGCCGGCAUUUCUCCCGGACCCCAAUGAUGGCAGCCUGUACAUCCUGGGAGGCAAAAACAAAGAAGGCCUGAUGAAACUCCCAUUCACCAUCCCAGAGCUGGUCCAGUCCUCACCGUGUCGCAGUUCAGAUGGUGUCCUCUACACGGGGAAGAAACAGGACACGUGGUUCGUCGUGGACCCCAGGUCGGGAGAGAAGCAGACGACGCUGUCGACAGAGGCCUGGGAUGGCCUGUGUCCUUCAACUCCUCUCCUCUACAUCGGCCGCACCCAAUAUGUCAUCACCAUGUAUGACACCAAGUCCCGGGAGCUGCGUUGGAAUGCCACCUACCAUGACUACUCAGCAGAGCUCUACGACGAGGCGUACGAUUACAAGAUGGCUCACUUUGCGUCGAGUGGGGACGGCCUGCUGGUGACUGUGGACAAGGAGAGUGGUAAUGUCCUGUGGAUGCAGAACUAUGGCUCCCCUGUGGUGGGGCUGUACACGUGGCACCAAGACAGUCUGCGCCGGGUCCCCCACCUCAACGUGGCCAUGGAGACGUUGCGCUACCUGACCUUCCACUCACAGGACAUCCGCCUCAUCAAGUGGAACUACCAGUCCAUGAAGGACUUCUCCACCACCAAGACCCAGCUGCUGCCGACACUCUACGUGGGGAAGCAUGCAGCCAGCUUCUACGCCCUGACCUCCUUGGUCCACGAGAGCGUGGCACUUGUGCCCCAGGGGAUCACGCUGGCCAGGAUCGAUGGCCCCACCACAGAUGAUGUGACAGUGAGAGAGUCCGGCGAGUGUGAGAUCACACCAAGCACAGAUGUCAAGUAUCCGCAGGGCAGCAUGAGCUCCCUGCACAACGAGUGGCUCCUCAUAGGGCACCAUGAGCUGCCUCCUGUGGUCCAUACCACGAUGCUAAGAGCCUUUCCAGAGACCCUGCGGAAGACUACGGAAACCAUCAUCCCCAAGAGCUCCCCUCCCAGGACUCUGUUUGAUGAUUUUCUGACCCCGAACGGCUUGGAGGAUCAGGCUAGCACGGGCAGCGAUGGGCGGUUCCGUUGGGACUCCACCCAGGCAGAGCAAACGGAAAUCUACCCAGAGUCAGGCAGCUGGGAUCUUGUGGUCACUGCAGUGCUACUGGGCGGAGGCAUUCUGCUCCUGAGUUUCGGUCUCAGGAAACUGCUGGAGCAGCGACUGCCGCAGCAGGGACUGCUUUCCCCAGGCCAGAUCUCUGGGGAGAUUCUCCCGCCAAGCUCUGAGGAAUCGCUGAGUGGGAGCCAGCGAACAUCUUCGCAGCCAUCACGGAGCUCAGGCUCAUCUUCCUCACAGAAGGACCUGCCUAAUGGAAUGGCCGACCAGGAUCUGGCUGUGUCUGGAGCUGCUGAAGCUGCAGAGCCUGAUGUGACUGUAGUUGGGAAGGUUUCCUUUAACCCCAAGGAAGUGCUGGGCCAUGGAGCCAGGGGAACCUUUGUAUUCAGGGGUCAGUUUGAUGGCCGGAACGUGGCUGUUAAGCGCCUUCUGCCCGAGUGCUUUCACCUCAUCGACCGGGAGGUCCAGCUGCUUCGGGAGUCAGAUGAGCACCCCAAUGUUGUACGCUACUUCUGUACGGAGAAGGACAAGCAGUUCCAUUACAUUGCCAUUGAGCUCUGCUCCGCCACACUGCAGGAGUAUGUGGAAAGCCCCAGCUUUGAUCGUCGGAACCUGGAUCCAGUGUCCCUGCUGUAUCAGACCACAUCCGGCCUGGCACACUUGCACUCCUUGAACAUAGUUCAUCGUGACCUGAAACCCUGCAACAUCCUCAUCUCUGUCCCAAACAGCCACGGGCAGAUCCGGGCUGUCAUCUCGGACUUCGGCCUGUGCAAGAAGCUGCAGGGGGGACGGCACAGCUUCAGCCUCCGCUCUGGAAUCCCAGGCACUGAGGGCUGGAUCGCACCGGAGGUGCUGCGGGAGAACCCAAAGGAGAACCCUACGUGCGCAGUGGACAUCUUCUCAGCUGGCUGCGUGUUUUACUACGUGGUGUCAGGUGGGGAGCACCCCUUCGGGGACAGCUUACGGCGACAGGCUCAUAUAUUGUUGGGCACUUACCAGCUGGCAUGUCUCUUGGAAGACACUCAUGACAACAUUGUUGCAAGGGAAUUGAUUUCGAUGAUGAUCAGCAACGAGCCCCAGGAGCGCCCAUCGGCCCCACAGGUCCUCAUGCAUCCCUUCUUCUGGAGUCGUGAGAAGCAGCUGCAGUUCUUCCAGGACGUAAGCGACCGUAUUGAGAAGGAGCCUGCCGAGGGACCCAUUCUUACUGCCUUGGAGUCUGGGGGCUGCUCGGUCGUGAGAUUGAAUUGGAGAGCUCACAUCUCUCUCCCGCUGCAGACAGACUUGAGGAAGUUCCGAACAUACAAGGGCAGUUCAGUACGUGACCUUCUGCGGGCCAUGAGGAACAAGAAGCAUCACUACCAUGAGCUGCCAACAGACGUCCAGGAGACUCUUGGGGCUGUUCCUGAUGAGUUUGUUCAGUACUUUACUUCUCGCUUCCCCGAGUUGCUGCUUCACACACACAGAGCCAUGCAGAUCUGUGCCACAGAGAGGCUCUUCCACCCCUAUUAUCAGCAGCAGCCAGGAGACCUUGGAAACGAGUGGAGAAGCCACACCUGGGAGAGAACUUAGAGUGAAGGCCUGCUCUCUGGUGCUGCCAAGGUGAAUCCUGCCGGAACAGGGAUCCCAGCAGGUGGGGCUCAGCCAACAUGUGCCUCAAUUUUAUCUUUUUUUAAUGCAGAGAUUUCUGAAGGAUUUUAUCCCCCCAGCAAAGCUACCAGGACCUAGCACAGCUUCACAACCCCACCUGCCACCCUAAACUGGUUCUGGAGCUUCACUUCCCCUGGAGAGCAGCAGGAUGGCAUCUCUGGCCGCUCCCUGGCACUAGCAGUCUGGGGAUGUCACUGCCUACCUUUCCAGGGAGAGGCCUGUGGUGGGAACCCAAGAGAGUUUCCUCGGUGGUUCCUGGGUGGCUUGUCUCUUUGGGGCUGCUCCUUCAACCAUGGCAUGUGCCUGGCCCUGACUGAGGCCUGGUCACUAAAUGUAAAGCUUUAAAUCCAACCUGGGCUGCUGUGCAAAGCCACCCCUGGAGAGGUAGGUAGGUGCAUGCACACGCAUGCCUGUAGACACAGUCUCUCUUUUUUUCUUGGGACUAUCUGAAUGGAUUUUAUCCAAACGUAAAUGUUCGGUUUAUGCUCCAUCAAGAGACAUUUCAGCUCAGAAGAUAAUUGGAGCGGGGGCAUUAGAAUGGAAGAGACUUCUCCUGUAGGGCUGUAGUGUGGCAACCAUCACACCAACAGCUGCAGCGAGAUGCUUUACCAUUUUUAAUUGAAAAUGUUUUAGGCUAUUUAUAUUUUGCUUCCAAGACCCUAUCUUUCCAGUGCCAGCCCUUAAGCAUCAGAAUGGGAAACAGCAAGGUCCUCUGUUGCCUGUAUGCAUCUGCUAGAGCAGAGGCUGAUGCAGCAAACUUCUCUCAUUGAUUCCUUUCCGUGCUGAGCUGUUGGAAGCUGGGGUGUUUGUCUAUUUAAAACUUGAAUGUGAACGGCAGGACUGAUGUGGUCUUGACACUGGAUAUGGUCUUAUGCCCUGGCUGGACAACAUACCCGCCUGACAUUUGGGCUGGGUUUUUUGUCCACUAUCUACGGAAGAUGUAGGCCACCGGCAGUGCUAAAAUGAGAGGUCUGUCUCUCUCACCAUGGCCCUUCCCCACUGUUUUGUGGCCGGGUAGAAGUCACUGGGGCUGGACCAAGUGGAUUUGCAGAAGCUCAGUUUACAGGAUGCAAGCUCAGGGCCUGGGUGCAGGAGCACCUCCUGUGGCCUCUUUUCUGCCCCACCUGGCCCAUUGAAGGAGUGGGGUCGCCCAGCUCUGGAGGCAGGUAGGGAAGGCUGCUCUAGGGAACAUCCCAACAGAAUCCCCAUAUCUCGGUUUGGCUGAGUAAAAAGCUUUCUCCGUCUGUAGCAGCCCAUCUUCAUCCCAGCUCACAGGCUUGAAGGUCUCGGACAGAUGCCUGAUGCCACAUCUGCAUGAGCCACGAGACUAUGGAACCCCAAGGGAUUGUUUCCCCUAUUUUCUGGAGGAUGCUGCUGUUCAUGAGGAACCCUCUGUAUAGAGGGGGCUUCCUCAUCCAUGCAGAGAGCCUGUCCCUUGGAGCGUACGGUGUACCGGGCCUCCCCCACUCCCAGGGCCUCCAAGAAUCUAGAGAAAUGACCACCGCUUCCAAAUUCCUUGGUUGUGAGGAUCCUUUUGUGGCUGCUGGCUGCUCUAGCUUUAGCAUCUUGGCAGUGUCUGAUCUGGAAUCUCUUCACCAUGGAGGCAGAAUCCUACCCUUGCCCAAGAGAACAUUGCCACGGAGGUGGUGGUAGCAUUUCCUGUUUUUCCUCCUCCUGGGACCUAGUCAGUGAGCAGGUCUGGCCUGUCUGGAAGCAGAAUUCUCUGCAAGACAGGGGUCUCAAGUGAUGAAUUACAAACUAGAUGUUUUUAACUCCUUCUCAAGGGCCUGAGUUGAGAAAUGGGGGAGAGGAGACUGCUGGAGCCUUCCCACUAACAAGGCAUGCUCCAGCCCAGCAAGGACAGAAAAAUCCUCCUUCAGCAGAGGUGGGAUGUAGGUGUCCCUGAGGUCUGACCUUCUAUCCCCAGAGCCAGGGAGCAGGUUUUCACUCUGCUGGGAUGCGGCCCUGGCCAGACUUCAACUCGCAUACAGUUUCCACUGAUCCCAGCUGGAGCCCCUGUGGGAGGAAGAAUUGAUAAUGGGUCUCUAAGCCCCUUCUGCAUUCAGCAGCCUAUAGAUAACUCAUGCCACAUGCCUGAAUGUCUCCUGCUAGCUCUUCUCCUCUGGGCAGUGCUUUCCUCUCUAGGGGUGUGGGUUUUGUAUGUUUUGAUUUAGCUUUGUACGUGGGUAUUGGGGGUCUGUUCCUUUGGUCACAAUCAGUUCGUACCUGGUGUAUAUUCAGAACAUUUUAUAUGGCAGAGAAUGUUUUAUACAAAAUGUUGUAAAUAAAAAUUGUUUUGAAA